CUACUUCCUCCUCAGUAAGACUCUACCUCCUGCACACAAGGAGCACACACCUUCUCUCCGUGUAUAAAAGGACAGGAGGCUGCACCGUCCUCUACAGUUCUCACCUGCAAACUCCUUCUCUACCUGAGCUCUCCUUUAGCCGGCAUCCAAGAUGACCAAGACGGUGGCAGUGAUCCUCUCUGGCUGUGGGGUGUAUGAUGGCAGUGAAAUCCACGAGGCCUCUGCAGUGUUCGUUCACCUGAGCAGAGAUGGGGCACAGUAUGUGGCAUUUGCACCCAACAUAGACCAGAUGCAUGUGGUGGACCAUGUGAAAGGACAACCCUCUGAAGAGAAACGCAAUGUACUUACAGAGAGUGCUCGCAUUGCAAGAGGAAACAUUAAAGAUCUUAAAGAUCUAAAAGUCAGUGAAUUUGAUGCACUCAUCAUACCAGGAGGUUUUGGAGUUGCCAAAAAUCUUUCUUCUUGGGCGGUUCAAGGAAAAGACUGCUCUGUAAUUAAACCCAUUGAAGAAACGAUUAAAGGAUUUCAUGCUGCCAAGAAGCCCAUUGGCCUGUGUUGUAUCUCACCUGUGUUAGCGGCAAAGAUUCUACCUGGAUGUGAGGUCACUGUUGGCUCUGAUACAGAGUGUGAAAAAUGGCCAUAUGCAAAAACAGCAGGAGCCAUUAAAGAGCUGGGCUGUAAACACGUCAACAAACAGGUCAAUGAAGUUCACAUAGAUGCGAAAAAUAAACUGAUCACGACCAGCGCCUUUAUGUGUAACAGCCCGAUACAUGAGAUAUUUGAUGGCAUCGGUGAAAUGGUUAAAGCAGUGCUCAAGCUGAGUUGAUUUAGAAAUUCUAUAGAACUGCAGGACAAAUCAUGUUGUUAAUAAACCCUGUAUCUUUUUGUACACACAAAUAAAGUAUUACUUUGAAGUAGAA